CGCGGCUUUCGCUUUGCCGCCGCGGCUGGGCGGGCGGGAGGCGCAGACUCGGCGGCCGGCUCUCCUGGGGUCUCGGCUGGGCAGCGCCGCAUCUAGCCCGCCCUCCCGGUGCGAGGAUUCCCUGCCGAGGCGCCCGCGCCCCCGGGCUCCCCGCCUCGGCCCCCCGCGGCCCCGAUGCCGAGGCAUGGAUAGAGCGGCGCGGCGCGCGGCGGCGAUGGGGGAGAAGAAGGAGGGCGGUGGGGCCGCGGCGGCCGCGGAUGGGGGCGCCGGGGCCGCGGCCAGCCGGGCGCUCCAGCAGUGCGGGCAGCUCCAGAAGCUCAUCGACAUCUCCAUCGGCAGCCUGCGCGGGCUGCGUACCAAGUGCGCCGUGUCCAACGACCUCACUCAGCAGGAGAUCCGGACUCUGGAGGCGAAGCUGGUCCGGUACAUUUGCAAGCAGCGGCAGUGCAAGCUGAGCGUGGCUCCCAGCGAGAGGACCUCGGAGCUCAACAGCUACCCCCGCUUCAGCGACUGGCUGUACACCUUCAACGUGAGGCCGGAGGUGGUGCAGGAGAUCCCCUGCGAGCUGACUCUGGAUGCCCUGCUGGAGAUGAACGAGGCCAAGGUGAAGGAGACGCUACGGCGCUGCGGGGCCAGCGCGGAGGAGUGCGGCCGCCUGCAGUAUGCCCUGACCUGCCUGCGGAAGGUGCCGGGCCUGGGAGGGGAGCACAAAGAGGACUCGGGCUGGAGUAUGUCAGAUGCUCGGCGGGAAAGUGGCUCGGGGCCUUCCACGGACACCCUCUCGCCAGCCAGCCUGCCCUGGCCCCCGGGGAGCUCCCAGCUGAGCAGGGCGGGCAACAGCGCCCAGGGCCCGCGCUCCGUCUCCGUGUCGGCUCUGCCCGCCUCGGACUUCCCAGCCCCCGGCCUCAGCGAGGGCCUCUCGGACACCUGUGUCCCCCUGCACGCCAGCGGCCGGCUGACCCCCCGCGCCCUGCACAGCUUCCUCACCCCGCCCACCACGCCGCAGCUGCGCCGGCACGCCAAGCUGAGGCCACCGCGGACGCCCCCGCCGCCCAGCCGCAAGGUCUUUCAGCUGCUGCCCAGCUUCCCCACGCUCACCCGGAGCAAGUCCCACGAGUCCCAGCUGGGGAACCGCAUCGACGACGUCUCCCCGAUGAGGUUUGAUCUCCCGCAUGGAUCUCCACAGAUGGUACGAAGGGACAUCGGGCUCUCAGUGACACACAGGUUCUCCACGAAGUCCUGGCUGUCACAAGUCUGCCACGUGUGCCAGAAAAGCAUGAUGUUUGGAGUGAAGUGCAAGCAUUGCAGGUUGAAGUGUCACAACAAGUGUACAAAAGAAGCCCCCGCCUGCAGAAUAUCCUUCCUUCCACUAACUAGGCUUCGGAGGACGGAAUCAGUCCCGUCGGACAUCAACAACCCGGUGGACCGAGCGGCCGAGCCCCAUUUCGGAACCCUCCCCAAAGCACUGACAAAGAAGGAGCAUCCUCCAGCCAUGAACCACCUGGACUCCAGCAGCAACCCGUCCUCCACCACCUCCUCCACGCCUUCCUCGCCAGCACCCUUCCCGACGUCCUCCAACCCAUCCAGUGCCACCACGCCGCCCAACCCCUCACCUGGCCAGCGGGACAGCAGGUUCAACUUCCCAGCUGCCUCCUUCAUUCAUCAUAGACAGCAGUUUAUCUUUCCAGACAUCUCGGCCUUGGCACAGGCAGCCCCGCUCCCCGACGCCGCCGACAGCACCCGGCUCGACGACCAGCCAAAAGCAGACGUGUUAGAGGUUCGAGAAGUGGAGGCCGAGGAGCCGGAGGCCGGCAAGUCCGAGGCGGAAGACGAUGAGGACGAGGUGGACGACCUGCCGAGCUCCCGCCGGCCCUGGCGGGGCCCCAUCUCCCGCAAGGCCAGCCAGACCAGCGUGUACCUGCAGGAGUGGGACAUCCCCUUCGAGCAGGUGGAGCUGGGCGAGCCCAUCGGGCAGGGCCGCUGGGGCCGGGUGCACCGCGGCCGCUGGCACGGCGAGGUGGCCAUCCGCCUGCUGGAGAUGGACGGCCACAACCAGGACCACCUGAAGCUGUUCAAGAAGGAGGUGAUGAACUACCGGCAGACGCGGCACGAGAACGUGGUGCUCUUCAUGGGUGCCUGCAUGAACCCUCCCCACCUGGCCAUCAUCACCAGCUUCUGCAAGGGGCGGACGUUGCACUCGUUUGUGAGGGACCCCAAGACGUCUCUGGACAUCAACAAGACGCGACAGAUCGCGCAGGAGAUUAUCAAGGGCAUGGGCUAUCUUCACGCCAAGGGCAUUGUGCACAAAGACCUCAAAUCUAAAAACGUCUUCUAUGACAAUGGCAAAGUGGUCAUCACGGACUUCGGGCUGUUUGGGAUCUCGGGCGUGGUCCGAGAAGGACGGCGGGAGAACCAGCUGAAGCUGUCGCAUGACUGGCUGUGCUACCUGGCCCCAGAGAUCGUGCGCGAGAUGACCCCCGGGAAGGACGAGGAUCAGCUGCCGUUCUCCAAAGCCGCCGACGUCUACGCCUUUGGGACUAUCUGGUAUGAGCUACAAGCAAGAGACUGGCCCUUUAAGAACCAGGCUGCAGAGGCCUUGAUCUGGCAGAUUGGCAGCGGGGAAGGAAUGAAGCGAGUCCUGGCAUCCGUCAGCCUGGGGAAGGAAGUCAGCGAGAUCCUGUCUGCCUGCUGGGCUUUUGAGCUGCAGGAGAGACCCAGCUUCAGCCUGUUGAUGGACAUGCUGGAGAAGCUGCCCAAGCUGAACCGACGGCUCUCCCACCCCGGGCACUUCUGGAAAUCGGCUGAUCGCUGGAGGAGCCGCUACUACGGGAAAGGACGCUACGGCCACCCCGACUUUAAGAACUCCUGUCCGGUUCUGGAGGAAUACAUUGACAGCAAAGUCGUACCCCGGUUUGAAAGGUUUGGCUUGGGCGUCCUGGAGUCCAGUAAUCCAAAGAUGUAGCCCGCCGUGCAGUUUUUCUGCUGCCUAUUUAUUUCUUUUUGAAAUGUGUUUCCGAAACACCCACACGACCACCACGACAGAAGACACGCUCUGCCCGCCCAGCGCUGCAGACAGGAGCGCGGAGAUGGAGCUGCCCCUGCCGUGUCUCAAAACGGCACCACCAACCACCAAACCUGUCCCGACCGACAGCAGAUGUUUACAUGUAUGUUUCUGCUAAGCGAACUCGAUGUUUUACAGUAGUAAUAAUAAAAACAGUCCACGCGUAGGCACACUGGCACCGAUGGCCAGGACGGCAGGAGUGGCCGUCCCCUCUGGAGCACCCUGUGGGCAGUGAGGGGCCCACGCUGGGCCAGGAGGAAGAAAAGCAUCGUGACUGUGGCUGUUCUCCGGUAGGGCAAGGGGCCCACAGGGUCUGGGCCGGCCUCUGCCUUGGCCCAAAACCCCGUCAGCGGGGAACCUCUCUCUGUAGGGUUCUCUCCUCGUCCUGUCACAGGGACACUGUCCCCUCCUCAUCUUGCAGAGGAAACCCUGGCUAGGAACCAAGCUGAAUUACAGGGCUUGGGAGCUCCCAGAGAGCUUGCACUCACCUUGCCACCCCUGUACUCCAGGCUGUUCUGCUGGAAAAGUAGAGACAAAAUUCAAAUGACAUCUGGGCUCUUCCAGCGGCUCCCAGCCAGGGCUUCUGCCGCAAGGUGAGGAAACAUCCACGUGCCUGUACAGGUGUCUCUUUUUUGAAGGCCCCAGGCAGGCACCAAGGGGACAGGACUGAGUCCUCAGCUUUUAGACCCAUCCCGGUCCCUGACUGACAUUUGACCCCAGGGCUGAGGGCCAGCCCAGCAGCUGUGCGGACCAUGAGGGCUUGGUGGGUGGGAACCAGGAAGAUGAGGGAGGGAGGGAAAGUAGACGGCAGCAGGUACCUAACCUUCCUGGCUCAGAGUGACCCUGGCAGACUGACCCAUCGUCAGUCAUGCCAGAAGUUUCUACCCACCUCUUCCUCUUCACUAGUCCUGUUGAAACCCCUUAGCCCAUUCCUGACUCCUCUGGCCGUGCUCUGAGCUCAGACGGGGCACGUGGCCUGUGUCCACGCCUUUUGCUUGGACCCACCCAACAAGCCCCCGUCAGCAGAGCCUUCCCCAGCACCGCCAGGCGUCUGCUUGGGUCCCUUGGAACCACAAGGAGGGGCUGGAUUAGCGAAAGUCUUUGGCGUGAGAGCACCACACCUGAGUUCCUUAGAAACUGUCACCUACAGAGAAAAGUUCCAAAUGGCAAAGAAGCCCUUAAGGGGAGGUUAUGUUACCCUAGGCUCCAAGACCAGAAAGGAAGAGGGGUGAAGGGUGGAGAUGUGAUUGGAUUCAGGCCCAGAACCUGUGGCUGUGCUCUGAGCUCAGGUUGGGAGCAGGGAGGCCUGCGGCUCCCCCCUUUCAGUUAGGCCCACCUAGUGGAGCCCCCGAUCUUCAGAGCCUUCCCUAGCCCCGGAAUCUGGUCCAAACGUCCUGUGACACAAGCCUCCCUGCCUCCCUCUCUCCAGGCUGAGCACUCCUUGGGCAGCCCCUCCUUGGGGGGCACAGUGGCCCAGCAGUGCAGUCGUGUCCUGGGACAUGAGCAUCCUGGCCCUUUCUGGUCAGGGUGUGGGGAGGAAGGAGGAAUUGUAAGCCACUUGGGUUCAGCUCUGUUUGGGGCUUUUCCGUGCUGUGGUGGGACUGUUGAUUGUACCCCAUCAUCCCUUUGGCCUCCCACGUGGCUGCGCCUUCCCAGAGAUCGCAGUGUGUGUGUCUCCAGCCUGUCACCUUCCCACUGUGACGCUGGCCUUUGCCUGGGUGAGGGCAGACCCAGUGGACGUGCUGGUGAGCCCCCCGGGUUGGACGGCAGCUCAGUGAGUCAGGUCACCUGCUCCCUGACCCCAGGCCCACAGAAAGUCUGGGUUUUGCUUUCUCUUGUGAGUGUCACCGUUCGAGAAGCUCUCAUUGAGCACCUACAGUGCACUUGGUCUUGUGCAAGUGCUGGGGACCUAGAGGUAGGAGCAGUCACCGUCCCCACCCUUAAGGAACUGACGAUCCGAUGGGGGCCUGCGAUCUGCCAGGAACCCGGAAGCCACUUGGUCGCGAGGGUGGAGCUGAGGACUUGGGGGACACCCUCCUUCCCUUCCUCUCCGAGGCCCCGGGCAGACUCUCGGGCUGCUGCCUCUGCACUGCCUGUCAUUUAAGAAAUCCCCCCACGAUGGUCCCCUUCUCCCUUUUUAUUUAAGUGACUGUGAACUGCAGUUAGGAAGACGCGCGUGCCCUGCUGUGUGCCCUCUCCGUCCGCCUUGGGAACACACGGAGGACGACAGACACUGUGAAUUCAGCCCUCACGGCGACUGUGAAGGGCACGGAGAAGGGUGGGAGGGCUUGGCGAGAGCUCCCGGGGCCGUGGAGGUCCCCACUGGGGUCUGAGAGCGGAGCCCGAGCUCUGGCCCUUCGCGGCACCCCCGGUGCCCAGCCUCGCCUCCGAGCCCUGCUGCCUUCAACCGCCAGAGCCGCGGCGCCCUGGGUUUCCAGCUCGACGUCAGCUGUGAGCGCGUGCAGCACAGUUGAUCUCCCCACAGCACCAAAGCAAAACACCCUCUGCCAUCUCCUGGCAUUUCUUCUUGUCACAGGGGGGAGUGGCAAGCCCUGUAAGCCGGUGUUAUUCUGUAUUGAUUUGGAGUGGGGAGAGGCGGAGACGAAUGUGAAGCCAGCUGUAGUCUGUGCUGUGCUGCAGCGUCAGCCAGGAUUCCAUCCGUGUGUGCAGACCCAGGGUCUUCUGUGGCCACGGGGCACACACCUGCUCUUUUUGAAUGUGAUGUAAAAUUUGUACAGUAAAAGUUUUUAUAUUUUCUAUCAACUGCGUUUGUCUUCCAGAAAUGCCAUUAAUUUAAAUUAAAAUGGUUAGUAUUAACAAA